AUGGUUCAUGAACCACUAGAGAUGUCGAUCCCCACAUCACAUACAAUGAAGACAUCAGUAGAGGUUGCCAAUGAUGGGGAUACUGUGGAGGAAGAAAAUUCUUCUAAAAAGAAAAACAGUCCAGUUAAAGCCAAAAAACCUAAUGGCACUCCCACAAAGCCUGUUUUGAAACGGCAAUCAUCAAGGAAACAGCAACAGGAAGAAAAAGAUAUGACUAAAAAUACAGAUGUGUCUGAAGAAAAUACUUCAAAUGAAAAGAAAGAUCCUGAGAAGGACAAGAAAGAUGAAGAAAAAGAUAAAGACUCCAUUGGUGAUGAAAGUACAGAAGUACCAAAUGCAGAAAGUCCAAAAACAGCAGAGCCAAUAGAACAAAAAGAAACAGAUGCAGAAUCAGAAAAGGUUGAAGAGACAAAAGAAAAAGAGGACAGUUCUGAUUCAAAUCCAAAUACCACUGAAAGUGAAAAAAGUCCAAUAGCAAUACAAGAAAAACAAUCAGAACAAAAGCCUGAACAAGACAAUGUAGAGGAAGUUACAGAAAAGGAAAAAGAAAAACAAGAAUCUGAUGAACCACGAGCAAAACGGUCAAGAGAGAGUAAGAAGACUGAAGCCCCGCCCCCGAGAUCUCCAACUAAAAGGAAGUCUAAAUUU